GUACUUCAAAACUGAACCUUGGGUCUUCUGCAAAAGGGAUCUUCGACUGUAAUGGAGAGAAAAUCGAAGAUCUAAAAAACAUUCCACUGCUUGACAAGUGCUUACAAAACUCCAUCACGCCUUUAAAGGGACCUGUGUGGGUCACUAAAGGAGAAGGUUUCAGCCCUAUAGGAGUUAAGAUCUAUAUUCAAGGAGUUUUAACGGCCCUGUCUCAUCGACUGAAAUCUGCAAAGAGCUAUGACAACCAGCUCGAACAUUUCAUGAAUGGUUUGACAAAUGAAGUCACUCGAAAGGAAAUCUUUUCUAUGACAGAAGAAGAACUUUAUACUGCCCAUGCAGAGGUGAAUGAGUUGAUUGAAGAACUGAAAACAGCCAUCAAGAAGCACAGGGGUCAGCUCUCUAAACUAGCCCCUCAAUUACAGGCUGAACAGGAGCAAAGUGCUGCUUAUAGCUAUCAACACAUUAAAGACUUUCCCGUACGAGCUAUUGCUCCACAAGGACUGCACUUAAAGGUGUAUGAAAAUGGCAGAGACUCUGGUGGGACCCUUAUAUUUGUCAGCAAGAAAGAAAUGCAAAGUAGUUCUAUCCAUCAUCCCAAGGAAGCAAUGCACGAGCUCCUUCAAACUAUUUUAGAAAGAAUCCAACAUUCUGCUGAUUUCAAUCACGUAGGCCUCAGACCUUCCCGACUUUUUGACGAAAAAGGGCAGGAAAUUAAGAACCCCCAAUCCUUGCAGAAUGAGCAGAAAGUCUGGGUUUCCCAUGGGGAAGAUUUCAGACCUCCAACAGAGAAUGUUCUUAAUUUAAUCUUUGACAAAGUGAUUUACGUGGAGGAAGACGGGACGAGACUAAUUUCAAAGGCAUUUAUGGAUCCUGACGAUAUUCUCCCUGGAUAUGAAAGCUGGGGUCUUUGUCCAGGGUUCCCUGAAAACAUAGGACCCACAAACCGGCAGUCCAUGCAUCAGCCAGAAACUGUGGAGUCUGACAGUCUUUUUCUCCAGUUAAAGGGGGAUGAGCAGGUUGUUUUAUACCCUUCUGUGAAAAUCGAGAAAAGAAGUCGAGCUCCUGUACAGAGAAGCAAGGAUCAUGGGACGAUGUCUGCAUUGCUGCCUUGUAGUGUGUGGCUCGUCACAAAGGGUGGAAUGAUUCUGAGCAGAGCUAUGCCACAGGUCUGCUUGGCUGUUGGGCACCCCAUCAAACUAAGCACUGGAGAUGGGACAAUCUUACAGGGGUAUCACGUAACACUCCAGAAAAGAGAAAAAAACAACUCCAGACAAUUAUGGAACUUUGGAAACAAAGGCUCAAUUUUUUCCAAGGCUUAUCCUGAGUUUUUGCUGACCUACCUCGAGGAGCUAAAUGUAAAAGAGCUGGUCACCCAGACAGAAGAUCAGAUGCAGGAGGAAUCUUGGCCUCAACCUCAACAGGAUGCUGAAAGAAUCUCAUCACAAGAGGCUUUGCAGAACGAUGCCAGUCAUCUCAAUCAGCAGCAGGUUUCCCAGCCAUUGGUUGCCCAGUUAUUGCCCACAGGUGGCCCAGGGGAGCAGAGGCAGCUGACAGUGGCGUUGGUGAGGAAAUUCACAGAGAAACAUCCUCAGGCCCCAGCUCAAAGAUGGGCCAUAAAACACGAGGGGACAUCUAAGCCACGGCAGUGGAAAGUGUCAAAAGUGGAGAACCCCCUCUGGAACAAGCUUACAUAUAUGUGGCCCGUGUUACCUACAGGGGAACUCAAUGAGGACUUUGAUUGGCCUAUUCAGGGUUCAUUAAUUUCAAACAGCCCUCCACUGGAGAAGCCAUGCACGGACCACACAGACUCGUACACUCCUGUCCGACUAAAGGUGUUAAAGAAUGGGGACUGGGAUAAAAACAGAGUAUGUGUUAUCGUGGGACCAAAUAUGUCAAACAUGCUGAAGAAACAUGCUGUUGGUCCAUCUACUAAGAAACCAAGGAAACCUCAGGGAAAUUCAGACAAUCCUGAAGACAAUUUUCUAAAGGUAGACCAAAUGGAAUUUCAGCAAUUCUUAGAGAGGUGUACAUUGAUGUUGAAUUUACCUUCUGCAGCCCGCAGACUAUUUAAUGAAAACGGCACUGAGAUUUUACAUUUGAGAGAUGUUGAAAGAGAUCAGAUGGUAUAUGUCUCAUGUGGAGAUCAGUGGAUGGACCCCAGGCUGUCUGCGGCUGAGUGCAAAAAACAACUUCUGCUUAGCAACCUUACAUCAGAUGCAUCUUUAAUUCGGAAUUACUGCUGCUUACGGAACCCAGAGAAUCUCGUUCUAGAGGUGUGUGGGGACAUUGUUGCAGGAGCUAACCUGACCGUUAAUUAUGUUGUAUCGGUACCCAGUGAAGACGAAGCUGCGGCAACAAAUGAAGAAAGUGAAUCUGACGUUUUACAAGACAUUGAUGAGUUUCUAGACUCACAUGCCCGAGCUCAUAGAAAGGUAGAUGCCAUGUACUCAGACAUCAGAUAUGCAUGGCAGAAAACAAUGCAUGAUCCAGAGGAACAGAACAUGUUCACAUCUCAGGAUCCUGUGAAUGAUCUACAAAAUAUUUAUCGGUCCAGUCGAAAAGUCAUUAAAGUGCCACAGAUCCAUCGCCAGCAGUUUGAGUUCCUUGACGGACAGAUCAUUAACUCUGCUUUUCCUGGACUGGUUUUAGGAGUGGAUGACUCCGAGGUACAUGCAGGAGUUCAUGUGCAAUUGAUUGAGCGGAGAAUAGAUGAUAUGAAUCAGCACUGGAAAUACUUGGAGGAAAGCAGGACAUUUCAUUUAUCGAGCUGCUUAGAACUGGUCCUCGCCGUCUCAAUGCCAAAGGUUUAUCCUGGACAAAAACACACAGAGAAAGCAUUUCCAGGAUGCAACCUUAUCCUGCAGAAAUAUAUGGAGCACGUGAAUGGUGCAGCAAAUCAGAAAUGGUGUUAUAUUCCCAAUAUGAAGGUACUGGGCGCCUUCCACAGUGAUCAGCUGGACAAAGAGAUCACGGCAGCCAAUCAAGCUUCAGUAUGCACAUUUACAGUAGCCAAUGCGGCGGCGUUAAGUCAACCGGGAUAUGCUUUCUUGUCAUCUAAUGGCAAGGAGGAAGUCAUGACGUGUUUAUCCUGUGCAAGGACCAUGCGUGGUCACAGAGAAAUGAUGAAAGUUCCAGCCGGUAACUUGUUCUUUUGUGCAUCUGGACAGAAAAAGUCUAAACUAAGCCCGACGGGUCCUUUUAAAUGUCUACAUGUGUCAAAGACUGACCUCUCAACAUCAGAAGCAGAAAAUACCCUGAGCUGUUUGGAAGAGAUGAUUUCAACCAUGAUUUUUGAGCGAUCUACACAGACUAUGGCCCACAAGUUAACAACUGCUGUGAAUCAGAGAGUGCUCAAGAUAAAAGCUUACAGAAAUGGUUCUGCAUUCAAGAACGGGAGAUUGAUAAUUGCUAGUUCAUUUCCAAUGCUUCUCACCAUGUGUACAAAGGAGCUGGAGCUGCCCAGACACGCUUCCAGGCUCUAUUCUUCUGACGGCACUGUCAUUCUAACAUGGGAAGGACUCAUAGUCUCUGCUAUGAACGAGUUCUUUAAACAGAAUGAGGAGCCAGCACAACAUGGAACAAGAAGCAGUGAUACCCAGAAAGAUACACAGCCAAUGCAGGACAAAUCUAAACCAAUCCUGGUUACUCCUGAAGACCUGAAUAUUAUGGAUGAAGAUCUGCUGGCAUUCACUCUCCGAAAUCCUAUCGAAGUCUGGGUGUCUUGUGGCGAGCCAUUCUUAUCUUUUAAUGCUUUACAGAGAUCACAAAAGCGCGACAAAUUACACUGGCUACAAAAGGAGAGAAUUCGGACUGACCUGAAUGGGAUGAAGCAUAAAAUGAGGCACUUACAAGGUCGACGAGUAAAAUUUCUAAAUCCUUCCAGUAUAACUCCUACCAGAAAUCCUAUGCAGCCUGUGUUGGUGGAGGGGGGUUGGACUGAAGAAACAGAUGAGGAAAUCAAAUUAAUAAAAACCAUACAAAAUGAGGAGAAGAACCUCUCAGAAAUCCAAGCCGCUCAACAACACAGACACGCCAUCUCGGGAACUGUGAAAGAAGCCAGUCAGAAAGCACUUUACAGCUGUCCAACUUUGAAACGAGUCUUGGUUUAUUUAAAUGGUGGCAACCCUGAACAAGCAGUUUUUGCUUGGGGCAAAACCUUAGAAGAGCUGCUGGACAACUGCACUGCCAGACUGAUUAUGCAGCCUCACCCGGCGGCAGCGCUGUUUACAUCAGACGGUGAGAAGGUGACGUCAUGGAGUGACAUAGAAAAGGAUAUGCUUUUGUGCGUUUCUGCAGGCGAUAAAUUUGUGAGCAAAGCCGCCAGCAGACGUACGAUACAGGUGAAGGCAAACUACGCACGCAUCAGGAGGAAGUACGGUCCUGAAGCCACCGAUGUCAUAUUGUCACCCAAAUGCAUGGAUUGUGAGGCAAGGAAAAUCUAA